AUGAGUGGAGCCGGGAAACGGAGGCUUUCCAGUUUUGUUUCUGUGAAGUUUCCAGUUGAUACGGUCAAGAAAUUACGAAAAACAGAAGGUGUCGGAUCAGUGUUUCAGGAGACUCAACAUUUCAGUACAAUUACAACUGUAAAUGGUCCAAGACGUAUAUUUUACGGUAAACGAACAGCACGGGUGUUCUGGAUUUUAAUAGUCUCAUCGAUUUUUGCAUUUCUGAUGUAUCAGAUUGUCAUUGUUUUGUUAUAUUUGAUCUCGAAGCCAACAUUAUCACAAAUAUCAUUCAUUGCCAAUGAAGGUGGAAUGGAUUUUCCAGCAGUAACAAUAUGCAGUCUGAAUCCCGUAAAAACUUCUUUCAUCAAAAAACUGAAUUCUUCUGGAGAUUUGUCAGACGAAGUGUUGAAUUACCUCCUGGCAACCAAAACAAACUCAAUGUAUAUGUUUAACAAUGCAGAUAUUAACACUCUCAAAUACGCUCAUGACAGAUCCAUGUCAUAUUUGAGAAACCAUCCAGACUUGCAAAUCGUUGAUUUUCUGAAUUCAGCUCAAUUUGAUUGCGAUGAACUUUUCGAAACGUGUUAUUUUGGUGGAAGAGAAUUCGAUUGCUGUAAAUUUAUGACUCAAUCUGUCACUUCUCUCGGAAAAUGUUGGGAGAUCAACUUACAGAACGGAACUGAAUUAUGGAUGAAAAAACAAGUUGCACCAAUGAUUUCCGCCAAAACCGGGUUACAGAUAGUGGCGAAUGCCAGACAUGCAGAACAGUUCGCUAGUUUUCAUUAUUCAAGUUUUCAAGAAAAUGGGUUCCGAUUCUUCAUCCAUCCACCACAAGUGAGUCCAGAUCUUGCAUCGGAAGGGAUACUUGUUUCACCAUCCAGAAUUGUGAAUACAGCAAUCAAAGCAGUUUUGCAUGAUCUACUAAAUCAUGACAAUUGGGGCAACUGUACUUCAACAUGGUCUGAUAAUUAUGUCACUGACCUACCGUAUUCUUCUUCUGUUUGCCAAGCUCUUUGUGUUGCGAAUCACUUUGAGAAACUCUGUGAAUGUAUCCCUUAUACAUACAAUAUUAAUAACAAACCGGACGUAUGUUUUCCGUAUGAAGAAGUGUCUUGUAUGAAAGAGAAAAUGAUAAAAACCGAUGGGAACGGUACCACCUCACUGAAUCUUCCAUUCUGUGCAGAAUGUCACCUGGCUUGCCAGAGAUCAAGUUAUGUUUCAUAUGCAUCUUAUGGGGAUGGAUUCAAUAACAGUUCAAUGACGUGGAUUAUGAAUUUAACUGGAUAUAAGAGCACAUACAUAAAAGAAAACAUUGCAGUUAUCAAUAUUCACUUCAUGGAAUUAUUCUACACAUCUUAUUCUCAAGUCAAAAAUACUUCGAUUUGGAAAGUUUUGAAUCAGAUAUUCGGUCUGAAUGGCUUAUGGUUUGGGAUGUCAGUCGUUUCCCUAACUGAACUCAUUCUCUACAUUACUAAAGUUUCGUGGUUGGCUGUUUCAAGAAGAAGAAGAAAGCACUUGUUUCAGAAGAAGAUGUCCGAGAAGAGAAAAGAGGAGAUUCUGGAAGCAGCAGUUCAAGAAAACGAAGAAAUCAAAUCUCGACGAAGUUCUGCUCCAAAUCUGAAAGAACUAGAUGAUGAUUUGGAAGAGGAGGAGGAUUAUUGGUAUAGAAAUCCUCAUCCAUAUUCGGAAACUAGUCUGGAUAGUGUGAUUCAACUAGCGAUUGACUUCGAAAAAUUCAGAAACCCAUCUUCCAAGAGUCUUUCAAAAAUUCCAGAAGAGAACGAAGACACAGUACAUUCAAUAAAUGAAUUGGUUUUGAGGUUAUGA